AUGGUGAACUAUUAUCGCUACGAACCCUCUCUUCCCGCAUCGAUUAUUUUCAUCGUCAUCUUCGCACUCUCAUCUGCCCUUCACCUCUUCCAAAUCAUCAAGACAAGGACAUGGUUCUUCUUACCAUUCUUAGUUGGAUCAAUCUUUGAAACUGUCGGCUUCAUCGGCCGUGCGAUUGGCGCUGAGCAAGCACCAGAUUAUACGUUUGGUCCUUAUGUCCUACAGACUCUACUCCUGCUUCUCGGACCCACUUGCUAUGCAGCGUCCAUUUACAUGAUCCUGGGGCGCUACAUCCGACAAUUGAAAGGGGAGCAGUUUUCACUGAUCAGGCCGAGUUGGUUGACCAAGAUCUUUCUGCUUGGCGAUGUGAUCUCUAUUGCUCUGCAAGGGAUUGGUGGUGGAAAGCUCGUGAAUGCUGAUACCCCAGACGAUAGAACGAAAGGAGAGGACAUCAUCAUCGGCGGCUUAAUAGUCCAGGUCCUGUUCUUUGGUCUGUUCAUAGCUGUAACGGGGCUGUUUCACUUCCGAUUUGCUAGGCAAUCUACAGCACAACCAUUCAUCUGGCAGAGACUCUUAGUGGUAAUCUACGUGGCAAGCGCCCUCAUCCUUAUCAGAUCGCUCUUCCGUAUGAUUGAGUACAUUGAGGGGCAUGACGGAGAGCUCCAGUCCAAAGAGGUGUACGUCCUUGUCCUCGAUGCCGUUCCAAUGACCAUUGCCAGCGUUAGUCUCAACAUCUUCCAUCCUUCGAAGUACAUGAAAAGCGCGAGAAAAUCCCUCAACGAUUCGGAUAGCGAGGUCGGAUUGAGUGACCCGCAGGGCCACUCGUUGGGAACCAUGGUGAGCAGAAGGCAAGAGGUUUAG